GCUGCUGGCCAUGCGCACUGCAUUUUGGCAAGUAGAGACCCUUAUCUUCGCACGAAAUCCUGGAGAUGUAGACACAUGCACUGAAUAUCCAGUAUGCUGCUGCGAUGCCUAAAUGCCAGAUCAUAGCCUGCCGUGGUGCGGAGUGUUGACCAGUUUCCAUUACACUCCAGACUCUAAGGAUUCAGCCAGAACAUAAGCAUGGCAUUCGGCGGCUUGGACCUUGAGGCCCUCCGUGCGGAGCUCACUGCCGCCCGGCAAGAGCGCGUGGUGCUUCUGCAGCAAGCUGCUGAGCUCGACGUCAUGCAGCUGGGCGGCGUCGGGGCAGCUGAUGGCGACCCAUUGGAGGCCUUCCAAGGCUUCCCCGCGGCCGGCUCUCCUGCGGCAUGGCCCCAGCCGACGCCCACCGUUGCGGAGGCUCCUUCGCGGCUGCCCAGGAAGCUGAGCUGGGGUACACCGCGAGCGCCGCCCACGGGCGUAAAGGCGGAUACGCCGGCUUCCGCGCCCACGGCCCUGCCAGGCGGCAAGGCAACAGCUGCUAACGGCUCCACACAGGCCACGACAGGCCAGGCCACAGCCACUGCCUAUGCGGCGCGUGCGGCGAGCAGCGACAGUUGGGAUUUAAUCGAUGUCCCGUUGAGCAGGAGCCCUACGGCAGUUGGGAGGCAGGAUCAGAGCCCCGCUGGCAGCUGGGUCAAAGGCGGCGCAUCAGCGGCUGGCCCCGGGACAGCAGCUCCUGGCGGCGGCGGUGCCAGCAGCGGCAGGGUCACAGGCAAUAGCCGUAGCCCCAGCCCUAGCCCCGGCACAUCUCCAGGCCCGGCGGCCGCUUUGAGCAACGGAGCUGGCGGUGGCGCCAGUAGCGGCAGCAUGAGCAGCACACCCAGCCCCGGCGGCGCCAGUAGCGCAGCUGCAGCGCCAGGUGGCAGUCCUGGAGCGAGCGCGAGCCCUAAGGCCGUAGCACAGAUAAAGCUCGGCGGUGGUGGCGGCGGGUUCGGCGGCAUUGCAGCGGCGGCGUCACGCGCCGCUGCUGCUGCGGCGGCGGUGGCGACGACGGGCCAACCUGCGGCGCCAUGGAUGGCUCACCACGCGGGCAACGUGGCGGGUGCGGGUGUGGACCUGGAGGCGCACCGGCGGAUGGUACUCAAGGAGGUCCUCGCUGCUGUCCUCGGUGAGCCCGCAAACUCCGCCAAGUUGGAACACAUGCGCCUCGACGUCGAGUCCGUGGCGGCCGUGGCACGGCAGCGCACGGCAGAUGCUGUGGCGGCGGCUGCCGCUGAGGCGGAGGAGCGGUUUCGCGGCGCGCAGACGGAGCGGCACACGAAGGCGCUCAAGGCGGCUGAGGAGCGCAACGAGAAGGCGAUUGAGGAGCUUCGGAGGACGCUGGAGGAGGACAAGCGGCGGCUGCAGGCCAAGUUGGAUAAGUUCCGCGGACAGCUGGCGGACGUGGAGAAGGAGAAGAAGUCUCUUAGCGGCAGGUCGGGGCAGCAGUCCCGGGAGCUGCGGGAAACAAAAGAGGCGCUCGCGUUGUCCAAGCAGCUCCUAGCCAACGCCCAGAACUCCGCUGACAACAAGGCCAAGGCGCUGGCGAAGACGCAGGCCGAGCUGGAGCGCGUGCGGGCGGAGGCGGUGGACGCGGCGGCGGCGCACGCCGCCGCGCUGGCGGCCGCCGCGGCGGAGGCGGAAUUUCAUCGCCAGGCAGCGGCGCAGCAAGCGGCGGAGGAAAAGGAGCACAUGCGCGCGGAGGUCGAGGCGCGGGUGUGCGCGUUGGAGGAGGCGCAUGCGGCGGCGUUGGCGGCGGCACGGGGGGAGAUCGAUGCGGAGCGCGCGGGCGCGGGGGAGAUGGCGGCGGUGGUGGCUGCUGCACUGGAGGAGGUGACUGCGGCGGCGGGGGAGAUGUGUGCCGCGGUUGAGCCGGAGUUGACGGCGGUGGGCGAGGAUCUAGCAGGGCUUCAGGCCGACCUCGCCUCAAUGCGCGAAUGCUUCCAAGAGGAGCUCCGGGCCAUGAGGGAGGCCGCGUACGCAGCUAUAGGCGGAUUCCAUGCGGCCUGCCGUACCGCCGCCCGUGCACAUGCCGACCGGACGGCUAAAUUGAUUGGCCUGGACGAGCGACUGCAGCGGUUGGGGCCCAGCGGCGUGAUGGCGCUCAUGGAUGAGGCAGAGGGGCUGCGUACGGCGCUGGAGGAGGCGCGCGCGGCGGCAGAGGCGGCGGGGCGGCAGGUUGCGGAGGACGUGGCGGCGCGGCGGCGCGCGGAGGCGGACGCAGCGGCGGCGGCAUCGGAAUUGCGGGCCCUGUCCACCUCCCACAAGGACCUUGGCGAGCAGCUGGAGGCGACCCGCGCGGAGCUGCGGACCACGGUGGCGGAGUGCGAGCGGCUGCGUGACACGGCGGAAAGGCUGAAGGCACAGCUACGCAAGGCCAAGGAUGAGGCGGCUGAGCAGCAGGCAGUGCUCCAGGGAAGCAGGCGGGAGCUGGAGGCUGCCCGAAAUGCGCUGCGACGCACCGAAUCGGAGCUGGCGGCGGCGGCAACGGCGGCGCGCCGCGGCGGUGGCGGAGAGCCGCCCUGGCGUGGCGGGGUUGGCGGAGGCGGAGGAGGGGAUGUGACAUGGCGCGGCGCAGCGGCGGCGGCGGCAGCAGCCGCCGCCGCCGAGGAGGCUGCCGCAACCGCCGCAGCUGCUGCUGCAGCUGCAGCCCGGCAGGAAGCUGUGGUAUCGGCGGUGGGGCUGCUGGCCGAGCUGCGGGAGCGGUACUUCCAGCCGGUGUCGCCUUCCUCCUUCCGUUCGUCCUUCUCCUCUGCCUCCUCCGCGUCUUCGGCAGCGGCCCCGGCGGCGGCGCAAUGUAGGGCGGAACACCGGGACGGGGACGUCAGCCCCACGCGACACAAGACGUCCACAAUGCUUCCGGAUGGCGGAGGCGGGGGAGCCCUUGACGGCGCUGCCACGGUGGCGCUGGAGGGCAACGGCGCGGCUGGCAGCGGCAGUGUGGUUUCCGAGCUAGAAGCGGCUCUCGGCGUACGACUGCGGGAUCCGGAUCCUGACCGCGUGGCGGCAGCGCUGGAUGCUUUCCUGUCCCGCCAUCAGCUGUUGCUAGCCGGCGCGGGAACCGGGCUGCAAGGGGAGCGAGACGUCAGCCCGCCGGCUCGGGGCCAGGUGGCCCAGCUUGUUCGGUCCAUGAUUUCGGAGCGGAAACACCUCAUGCAGCGGAUCCGGGAAAUGCACGCCGCCCCACCACCACCACCACCGCCAGCAGCCGCCGGCGCCUCCGGUGCUGUCUCCGCCAGCAUGAUGACUCAGCAGCUGACGCCGUACCAAGCCCCAGCGCCGCCGGUGGCGCAGUCCGCGACUUUUUCACCGUACAUUCCCGGCAGCGGCAGCAGUCGCCGUCUGUUGUCCUCCGUGCCAGCGGGCGCGCCGCCGCCGCAGCAGCAGCAGCAGCCCUCGAACCGCAGCGGCGGCAGCAGCGACCGGUCGGCCGGCAGUAACGGCAUCAGGACGGCUAUGGGGACCUACGGGUCAGGUAUGGGUGGAGCUGGCGGCGCCGUCGCCGGUACGAACUGGACCUCUCCAGGCGAGGCGACUGAGGCAUCGCGGCUGGGUGCAGGACCGUACGGCGGUGGCGGCGGCGAGCCGGACGUGGCGAUGACUCCGCGGGUCGCCACAACGCGCCGCGGCGCUGAACAGACGCCGCGCAGCCUUGUACGACGCAGCACGGAUACUGAGGUCAUGUUGGGGGCGGCAACAGCGGCCGCCGCAGCGGCCGCAGCGGCAACGGGCCCUGUGUACGGCGCGGACGGCGGCGGCGUGGAGUGCCUGCUGCCGCCGCUGCCGAAUCCGUACUCUGUGGGAGCGGCCCCGGGCCCGGGGGGGUCGCCCCUGCAGGCACCGGACAUGGAGGAACUCCUGGAUGUGUUGCAGGCACUCGACGACUCAGCCCUCCGACGGAGUCGCUGCGGCCCCGCGGUGCAGCAGGCACGACGUCAGGCGGCCUGGGCAGUCUGGGACAGCCCCGGCGGCGGCGGCGGCGGCGGAGCCGGCGCAAGUGCCGGCGAUGGCGCCGGUGGCGGCGGCAGCAGCGGCAGCGGCGGACAGCCUCUAUCCUCACGCCGAGGCGGCGGCGGCAAUGCGCUGGGUACUCCGCCCAGGGGUCCGAGCCGGGUCUCUGGCGGCGGCGGGUACGAUGUCGCUGCGCCGGCGCCACCACCGGGCGGACGGGCUAUGGGUCGGACUAUCAGUUGGAGUGGGCCAGGGGUAGGGGCCGCCGGGGGCGGGGCCGGAGGGGGGGCCAGGGGUUCCCGUGUGAAUUCUGCCGAGCCGGGCGAGGGGCCCGGGGGCAAGCGGGGCAGCCCCUACCGUGGCGCGGCGAAUGGGAACGGCCGGGGAGCCCGGUAG